CAUGAUGCCACAUCGAAAGCAAAUCUCUCAGCCAGCCAUAUGGGGCAUAUCCGUCUACUUCCACCUGAAAUCUACAUGAACAUUGUGAAUGCGAUACCGACACAGGACUACAAAUCCCUCGCAGCAUGCUGUCUCUCCGCCUCUGUCUUUCGCUACCCGUGCCAAAAGCGAAUGUACUCCGACCUCGAGAUCGCGCCAUGGGCCCAUCGCGCCGGCGGCAGUUCAUUCCCCGCCUUUGACGCACACUUUUUUUACCACCCUCACCUGACACGGCUAUGCACCGCCUUGCGCAUCCAGCUCCCCGCUAAUCAGACUGUAUGGGAGUCAGAACAACUUCUUGCUGAGCGUAUAAUUCUGCGCUUCUCCAACUUGCGUGCUGUGACUCUCAUGUAUCAAGGUCGUCAACCAAGAAUGUUGGGUACAUUCUCUGUUACAGUGCUUCACUGGUGGAUGGGCAUCUUCCGAGUCCAAAGACACUCCAAGCUUGAUCAAUUGACCCUUUCCGGUAUUGACAUCACGGAAAAUCUACUCGCACACUGUCUGGGGGUGGCUCGACGGCUCGAGUUUAGCGAUGUCGGCCUUGAAGUCCCUGAAGAUGGAGAUGCACUCAUCGAGCAGCCACCAGCGCCGACUAGACAGCUGACUAGUCUCACCUUAUCUAGUAACUCGAAAGCCACAGGCUCAUUAUUGGUGGUCCAACCUAUGUUUCGGCAAUACUUGCAACAUAUUACAGAAUUGACGUACCAUGAUAUCAUGCGCCAGGAAUCACUCUCUCUGUGCUUUUUGCUUGCACCAGCACUCGAGUGGCUAGAGCUCAGUUUUAUAUGUAAGCCCCAUUCCCACUUCGAGUCCGACUUGGAACCCAGGCAGCUAACGGGCUGAAGUUCACUCGGAACAACAUAUAACUCUUCCCACUUUAUUGCCCCGUUUACGCGAAUUCCAAAUAGGCGUCGAAAGCUUCAACUUACCGAUGGUUCUGCUUCAUCUAAUUGCUGAUGGUGGUGCUCCGGCGCUCGUGAAUCUUCGACUGUGUCUCAACUUAGAUCCAUACACAUCUAAAGCAGAAAACCUUGACAGGCUAUUGGACUCUCGAAGCCAGCUUUUUGACAAAUUUGAUGAAGGGCUAGUCACACAUCCCGCCCUCAGACAUGUCGAGUGGUUCGUGUCCUUGAGCUACAAUAGGAAUGAUCUCAGGAGGUUGGGGUUGGAAAGCGAGGAGUAUAUGGCUGCGGCUGCAACGGCUAAAACCCUAGCUGUGUUCCAAUCAGCUUUAACGCAGCGAUUGCCCAAUGCACAUGCAAGCCGAUUAUUGUUGGUUGCCGGAGCGGGAAGAAUUAUCUAAGGAGCCGCUGCAGAAGAAGAAAGUACUUUACCAAGGGAUGCUCAGAGGGCGAGGGUAGUUUCCGAUUUAAAAAGGCUUGUCCACCUCACCUCAGGCAAUUUUGUGUCAAAAGCCUGCCAUCAGAUGUUCUGACUAAGCGAACUCAGAUGACUCCUAAACCAACCGUGCACGUUUUUCUUCUUCAUUCGCCUUUCGUGCAGUCUCUAAAAGCACGCAUACAACUCUCGAGCAGAACUCCCAAGUUGCCUUAGUAUCUGGCUUUAUGGCUUUGAAUAGACUCCCACCAGAGCUCUACGAAAACAUCGUCGCGGCAAUACCCGAUUCCUGGCCGCCCUCGCUCAAGGCGUGCUCCCUCAUUUCGUCCGCAUUUCGCCGCCCGUGCCAAAAACGACUAUUCUCAGACAUGUCGAUGAACCUGGCAGUGCAAUCGCGUGGCUAUCGAUAUCCGAACAAAUCAGACAAGUAUAAAUACAGGCCGAAUCUACUCAACUCAAUCCUCAAGGACUUUCGGCGGCUAGCCAACUACUGCACUACCCUCCACAUAUACCUCACCUUUAACCCGAGUCUAUGGACAGUCGACCAGCAGGACGUGCAGCGUGUUCUCCAGCGACUGACAAACCUCCGCGGUGUAACCAUCAGGAGUUACUUCAUCGACAGCACCAGCCAGACACCUAAGGACUUUAAUGCUACGGUUAUUCAGUGGCUGUUGGAUCAUAUCACCCCGGUACACGGCAAGUUCCAACUCCUGGAGUAUGGCGAAUGCGGCAUCACGCCAGCGCUACUCAAACGUUCGCUUGCGACGGCGGCAGCACGCCUUGUGCUCGACCGAGUCGAGGUCUUUGAUGACGUUGAUGACAAACCGACGAAGUUCUUGCCAUCUACGUCCACACGGCCAACCAAGCUCAACAUCACCAAAAGCCCCCAUAUUUGCGCGUUGUUAGCUCAGUCUUCCCUCGCGACAUACUUAGAGGAUGUCUCUGAACUUGUCCAAGCUGCUAUAACGCUCGAAUCGCAGCUUGCUCCGUGUCUCCUGAUGGCCCCCACACUCCAGCGGCUGCAUUGCUAUUUCAAUGAGGAGUUUGGACCAGUUUCGUCAUUCCCGACCUCUCUGCCACAUCUGCGUGAGCUUGUCUUCGGUGUGCCCAGACUUUCAUAUGCACUACCUGCCGUUGUGGUACGCCUGCUGGCCCAUGGCGGCCUCCCGUCGCUGAUCACACUUAAAAUACGUCUACGCGUGGCCCCGAAGUCCCCAGAGAAGUCGGAUCGACUCUUCCGUGCUCAGAACACGCUCUACAAAGAGUUUGACGCGGCGCUGGUCAUACAUCCCACCCUCAAAGCGGUGGAAUUCUCUUUUUCAAGCCAAGCGCAAGGCGACGACGACUCGGAGGCUGAUGAAGACGGAGAUGAGAGGGAUCCGAGGAUCCCUAGGGAUCUGGAGAUGCCAGUGGUGACGCAUUGCGUGACCAGCCGGCUCCCCAGAACCUGUGCAAAAGGCUUGUUGGUGGUCGACGGCAACGACUCGUGGGACGGCCGAUAUUCAUGGUUUACCACUGCUUGA